AUGGCGUCUUGGCCAGGAGUCAUACGGGAUCGUUUAUCCCGGCCGCCGUCCAUGGUAGAUUGCUAUACCACCACUAGAAGUGAAGUUUGCCUUCCCAACAUUUCAUUUACCACCACCCCAUGGCUGGAGGAGUUAGAAGGGGGUGCUCGAGUAUCGAGUCCCACAGCAUCAGAAAUCCUGCAACGAUCAUCGCCCCUUCCUUCGGGUACUUCUGCCCCAAAAACGACAUCAACAGCGCCAAUAUUCGAAUUCUCCGGAUUAGACCUGGUAGAUAGGGACGACGAGGCCACCGAAAGCCAGCCCUGGUUACCACAAAAUCUCCGAAAAUGGGAUGAAUAUGAUCCUUUGAGCGAGUCAUCCGUCCCGGCCUUCCAGUUUCAGUACCCCCGGGAAAUAGAUGAACCAACCGACUGGUACAAUAUGCCUGCGCCGCCCCCUGAGUCAACCCAUGACACCAGUGCCAAGGCGGGGAAGCUUAUAGGGGAAGUACUAAACGCACAUCAAGAUGUGUCAGCCAAGCGCCAUCGGAUCCGAGAAAUGCGGCAUAUGCUUCGACAAAAACGUAACGUGGAAGAUGAUAUGCGGGUUGCAUUACGGAGCAUGUUGAAUCUCAUAACCACCGAAAACGUACAUGAGAAUCUUGCUGCUAUCAAUCACACUAUCAACGACCUCCAGGUUGCGACAGCGUCUUAUUUCAUUCUCGAAAAUGAAUAUCAUAGACAGGAAGACGAACUGGCGCAGCUAGAGUACGAUUACAACAGCCGCUUAGAAAGAUUGCAAACCAUCCUCAUGUAUCAAAGCGGCUUGUUGGCACAGCUUGAACCCAUUACCUCGGACACCGAAUAUUCCUCGGCAGACUACUCCUCUGACUAUGGAGAAGAAACGUUGCCCCAAGUGGGUGAUUACUUCUCCAUGGUGGGCGAGGCACGCAGACUCACGGAACGGCUGUCGGAGCUAGAAACAGAAUAUCUGGUCCUAGUCGACCAACGCGAGCUCCGCGAGCGAGUCGGGAUCCCACUCGACAGCGCGGCCCUCAACUUCCUCCUUCGCUACCAAGAUGAAAAGGCUAAGAUCGAAACCGAACUAGAAUUAGCCCGCCAUAAAGUCGAGUCGCACCCGGAACAUGACAAUGGCUCCGCGCAGAUCGCAGAAGAGGAAUACAAUGAGGAGGAGGAGGAGGAGGAGGAGGAGGAGGAGGAGGAGGAGGAGGAGGAGGAGGAGGAGGAGGCAAUACAGAAUUUUAUGCCCGAGGAACCAGAGGAUCAGACAUACAAUGAUCCGCUACACUCCUCGGAAUUUGAGGAUUUAUCGCCUUUCUUUGCAUCCGCGCACCCACAGGCUGUCAACAAGGGUUCUUUCGUGAACCGAUGGCUUCUUCAUCGGUUGCGGCACUCAAGAGUUGAGAUCAUGCGGUUUAAGUCUGCACCUGAACUGGUAGAUCUGAGUAGCAAGGGAUGGGGGUCAGAUAAUAUUAGCAAGAUGGCGAUGAUGCUUUGGUUUCAAGAUGGCGCGGCGAGCGUGGAGCAUAUCAGGAAUCAAUCAGCUGGGUAG